AUGAGUGUUAAAGUAUAAUUAAUACAUUCACAAUGGGAUGAUAUUAGGAAAGUAUUAAGAGCUACUUAAAGAAAACUUACUAAUAGUAAUAAUCUUUCACUUACUAAUUGUGCACCUAUAUAAGAUUAAGUCUAAAAAAGGGAAGCAAACUAUUCAGAUAAUGAAUUAGAAUUUUACAACAACAACCCUCAUGCAUUAUUAUUAAUCAAAGAUACUUGUCGAAGUGUAUUAAUUUAAUUAAUUUUUAGACACAAGGCGAAAAUUUUAUUUGAGCUAAAAAAGAAGAGAACUUUCUUCAUAAAAUGAUUAAGAGUUUUAUAGUUAACUAUAAAGUAGAAGAGAAUAAGUAAAAAAACAAAGAAUUCUUUACAGUAAUGUUGCCAAUUUUGAAAAAGCAAUCAAAUAAAUAACUACUCCAAAAUAAGGCAUGACAAGACUUUCAACCAGAAUGAGAUAACAUAGUUAAGAGAUCUAACCAAAUAAGACAAAUCAAUUUAAAUUAAAUUAAUUGGAUACAAAUAAAAUAAAUAAAGUAAUUCCAAAUGAAACUCAUUAUGGUUAUUCAAGUAGUCAUUAAACACAAAUAAAAAAGAACUCUAACAAUCUAUGGCAUAGGAUAAAAUCUCCUGCUCUAGAAAAUAAGGAUAAUUUUACUUAGAUAUUGAAAAAAAGGUUCAAAAAAUAAAAUGAUUUAUUCCUUGACAUCUCUUGCUUCAAUUAUGAAUCGUUAUCACUAUUAAAUUAAGCAAAGACACCUACUUUAUAUUAUUAAUGA